AGCAGCAGCAAGGAUGGAGUCAAGACCCGUCCCAGUCCCGGGUAUCCAUCACCCAGCUCCAGCGCGCCUGGGAAAACCGCCCCGAAAGUCCAAGAGGAAGCUCGGAGUUGUAACGGUCGCGGAGCCAGCUCGGCGAUGACACAAGAGAAGCCCGGGACGGCCAUGUGCGUGGGCUGCGGGAGUCAGAUCCACGACCAGUUUAUCCUGCGGGUGUCGCCCGACCUCGAGUGGCACGCGGCCUGCCUCAAGUGUGCCGAGUGCAGCCAGUACCUGGACGAGACGUGCACUUGCUUCGUGAGAGACGGGAAGACCUACUGCAAGCGGGACUAUGUCAGGCUGUUCGGCAUCAAGUGCGCCAAGUGCCAGGUGGGCUUCAGCAGCAGCGACCUGGUGAUGAGGGCGCGGGACAGCGUGUACCACAUCGAGUGCUUCCGCUGCUCCGUGUGCAGCCGCCAGCUACUGCCUGGGGACGAAUUCUCGCUGCGGGAGCAUGAGCUGCUCUGCCGCGCCGACCACGGCCUCCUGCUCGAGCGCGCCGCGGCCGGCAGCCCGCGCAGCCCCGGCCCACUUCCCGGCGCCCGCGGCCUGCAUCUGCCAGACGCUGGGUCGGGCCGGCAGCCCGCGUUGCGCCCGCACGUGCACAAGCAGACGGAGAAGACGACCCGCGUGCGGACUGUGCUGAACGAGAAGCAGCUGCACACUCUGCGGACCUGCUACGCCGCCAACCCGCGGCCCGACGCUCUCAUGAAGGAGCAGCUGGUGGAGAUGACCGGCCUGAGCCCGCGGGUCAUCCGCGUCUGGUUCCAGAACAAGCGCUGCAAGGACAAGAAGAAAUCCAUUCUCAUGAAGCAGCUGCAGCAGCAGCAGCACAGCGACAAGACGAGCCUUCAGGGACUGACCGGGACGCCCCUGGUGGCGGGCAGUCCCAUCCGCCAUGAGAACGCCGUGCAGGGCAGCGCAGUGGAGGUGCAAACGUACCAGCCGCCGUGGAAAGCGCUCAGCGAGUUUGCCCUCCAGAGCGACCUGGACCAACCCGCCUUCCAACAGCUGGGCUUGCUCUCAGCCGGCGGCCGGUCCCCAAGGGACACUUUCCGACUCGGAGCACGCGGCCCUGGAGCACCAGCUCGCGUGCCACUUCACCUGCCUCUUCCCGGUGUUUCCGCCGCCCCAGGUCUCCUUCUCCGAGUCCGGCUCCCUAGGCAACUCCUCCGGCAGCGACGUGACCUCCCUGUCCUCGCAGCUCCCGGACACCCCCAACAGUAUGGUGCCUAGUCCCGUGGAGACGUGAGGGGGACCCCUCCCUGCCAGCCCGCGGACCUCGCAUGCUCCCUGCAUGAGACUCACCAAUGCUCAGGCCAUUCCAGUUCCGAAAGCUCUCUCGCCUUCGUAAUUAUUCUAUUGUUAUUUAUGAGAGAGGACCGAGAGACACGGUCUGGACAGCCCAAGGCUCCAGGAUGCAACCUGCUUUCACCAGACUGCAGACCCCUGCUCCGUGGACUCUUAUUUUUUCAAAACCAGAAUUUGGGACUUACCAGGGUUAGCUUUGCCCUCUCCUCUCCGCGUGGCCGCCGCUCUGUCUCUCCACGCCCCACCUGUGUCCCCACCUCGGCUGGCCCGGAGCUCGCCCACGCGGACCCCCGCCGUGCCCCCGCUCCGCGCUCCCUGGCGGCUUCGCCCGGGCUCCUAGCGGGGAAAAGGAAGGGGAUAACUCAGAGGAACAGACACUCAAACUCCCAAAGCGCAUGAUUGCUGGGAAACAGUAGAAACCAGACUUGCCUUGAAAGUGUUUAAGUUAUUCGACGGAGGACAGAGUGUGUAAGCCUUUGCCGAACAAACAAACGUAAGUUAUUGUUAUUUAUUGUGAGAACAGCCAGUUCAUAGUGGGACUCGUAUUUUGAUCUUAAUAAAAAAUAAUAACCCCGG